CCUUGCCCUUCGAGUCCACCCCACCCACCCCAUCCGCCGCACGAGCAACUGAGGAGGGCGAGAUGACGGCCAGCUUCGGCCGCCGCCUCCGCCCGACGUCGGCGCCGCCGCUCGACGACGACGACCUGCUCGACGAGAUCCUCCUCCGCCUCCCACCGGAUCCGUCCUCCCUCCCGCGCGCCUCCGCCGUCUGCACCCGCUGGCGCCGCCUCGUCUCCGACCCCGGCUUCGUCAGCCGCUUCCUCCUCCGCCACCGCCUCCGCCCUCCCAUCCUCGGCUGCUUCAUCACGGACCAGCGAAGGGCGACCGUCUCCUUCGUACCUACCAUGGAGGCCCCCAAUCGUCUCCCCGCCGAGCGCUUCUCCUUGCAGCUCGGCGACCGCGACCGCUUCAGUCUCCUCAGCUGCCGCCACGGCCUCCUGCUCAUGUUCCUCCCGCUGUGGAGCAAGGUCCUGGUGUGGGACCCCGUCGCCGGAGACCAGCACCGCCUGGACAUUCCCCCAGGGUUCGACACGAAGAAGGAGAUUGGCGGGGCGGUGCUUCGCGCCGCCGGGGCCAUCCGCCACUUCCAGGUGGUCUUAGUGGGCAGAGACAAACAGAACAUACUCGCCUGCGUUUACUCAUCCGAGGCUGGUGUAUGGAGCAAACUGAUCUCAACUCCGCUUCCAAAUCCGUUUUGCUACGAGUUUAUGGGCGUGCAUCCUGUGCUGGUUGGGGAUUCCCUUCACUGGUUUAUUAACUGUGGUUUUCAUAAAAUCCUUGAGUUUGAUUUGCAUAGGCAGAUCCUAACUGUGAUACCAGGGCCCUUGGAUGAGUUUCCUGUGGGCAUUUCCCAAAUCCUGGUUAUGCGGGCAGAGGAUGGUGGGCUUGGUGUUCUAUUCAAGUCAGGCUGCAAUGUCCAAUUAUGGAAGAGGAAGAUUGAUUGUGAUGGCGAGGCCUCAUGGGUGCUGGGAAGAACUUUUGAUCUAGACACACUAUUUUCCCUGAAUUCAGAGGAGAUAAAGUACAUGGUGAUCCUAGGCUUGGCUGAGUACAAUAGUACGGUGUUCGUGCGGACAGUUGUCGGCCACUUCAUGGUCCAGCUUGAGUCAUUGAAGUUCAACAAGACGUUCGAAACCAACAUUUGGAAUUUCCAUCAACCAUUUGAAAGUGUCUAUACUGGAGAAACAAGCAUUGGUGGUGGACACAAUGGAGCUGAACUUUUGCAUAACACAUAAGAUGAUUGUCUGGUUCAGUAUGUUAUUAUGGUGUAUUGGUUGAGCAGGUAUCUAGAGGUGUACUGUGGUUGAUGAGAUGCAGGAAUGGGCUUGUAUGCUGCAGGUUCUUCCAUUUUGUGUGCUUCACAUGUCGAUCGACUCUCUGUAGCACGCGCCGGUCAAGUGGGGAGUGGAACUGUAGGAGUUGAUCGUUUAAUUUGACAACUACCCGCUGUUAUUGUCUAAUUUGUGGACACAAAUAGCCAUUCAACUUUCAUGAUGAAUACACACUGACAAAAAUAGCAAGCAUGCUGAAACAUAAACAAAAAGCUUACCUGCCUGAUGGCCUUCGCUUACA